AUGCACAGUAAACACAGUGAACAUACAUUUGACAUACCAACAAAAGAUAAAAGUCAUGACAGUGAUUGUUCAGUUGAAAUUGACGCUUAUUUGGGCUGUUGGAUAGACACAAAAUAUGGUCAAAAAAUGACAUUUUUCAAUUUGGAACCGGGUCAAUUAGUCGGUAUUACAAGUAGCGGUGCUCAUGUAUCGGCUGUUGUUGAUGGAAUUCAUAUUCGAAUGUCAAUCGAAGAUCAGUCUGGAUCAAUGCUCGAAUACAAAGGUAUAUUAUGUGCACAACAAAAAAAAAUUGUUUGGCAAAAGCGAUUGAAUACAUUCGGUUGUUGGAGAACGACAAGUCCGUGGAUUCGAUGUUAG